AUGGCUCACACUCGUUUCAAUCUACACACGGCAGCCCGCCUCUUGUUCUCUGUUUUGCACCUUGUAAACGCCCUUCCCAGCAACCCUCAGAUUCAGUCCCGGGAUGGCACAUACACAUACUUGGCAUGCUAUACCGACGCGGUAGCUGGUCAACGAACGCUGGAAGGGCCAGCAACCGCCGACGACACCAUGACAGUUGAGAAAUGCAGCUCCUUCUGCUCAAAGUACAGCCACUUUGGCGUCGAGUAUGGCAGAGAAUGCUACUGCGGUAACACAAUCCAGACUCAAGCACUUGUAGUUGCCCGAAGCGAGUGCGGCUUCGCCUGCUCUGGAAACCCUUCGGAAUUCUGCGGCGCUGGAAACCGUAUGGAUGUUUACACCAAUCUAGGGUUCUCUAGUCCGAAGCCCGCCACGCUCGUCGACCAUGUCUACUUGGGAUGCUUCAUCGACAACGGCGACCGGGUGCUUCCCAACAAGCCCUUCGCCUCCGACACCAUGACAGCGGCAUUCUGUGCUCAACACUGCCAGGGUUACACCUACUUCGGUACGCAGUGGUCGCGAGAGUGCUACUGCGGUAACGUGGCGCCGCAGUCUGCUGCUUCAGAGUCCGAAUGCUCAUUCACUUGCUCCGGGUCCGAUGCCGAACUCUGCGGCGCCGGCAUGAGACUCAGUGUUUACGGACCGCCGGCGGCAUCGUCGCUCCCCGGUCCGACUCCCUCUCAGGUGGCUGUCUCGGGGUACAUCUACCAAGGUUGCUACACUGAUAACCUGCCUCAGCGCGUUCUCACGGGAGACCUUGUCCGCAAUCCCGCGAUGUCCCUCGAGAAGUGCGCCUCGUUCUGUAACAUCUCCCACUACACCUACUUCGGCGUCGAGUUCACGGGAGAGUGCUAUUGCGGGAUGUCUUUAGAUACAGCCAGCACGAAACAGGCAGAGGUUGCAUGUGCGAUGAAGUGCGGCGGUGACGGCACGGAGAUCUGCGGUGACGCCAACCGCAUAUCGAUUUAUGCCAUACCGCAAACAUCAACUAUUCCGGUCGUCAAGAACCUGGCAACCGUGGGCGGCUUCUACUACUCCUCUUGCUGGGUCGAUAACGUGGAUGGGCGUCGCUCGCUUUCUGCAAAGGACUACAGGGCCGACGAUAUGACUGCUGAAAAGUGUGCUAGUUUCUGUCAGGGGUACAGCUACUUUGGUCUGGAGUACUCUCGAGAGUGCUACUGCGGCAACACUGUCGGCGGUUCCAUGGCUUCAGAAAAAGAAUGUGGGCACAUCUGCGUGGGAGACUCUUCGCAAUGGUGCGGAGGGGGCGAUCGUCUCAGUCUCUACAGCAUC